AUGGAAAUUGUGACGCCUGUAGACUCGUACAGAGGACGCCAGGUUGAUCCUCUGUGGUCGCCUUCAGUUACCGUAAUCGAAGUGUUAUUAUCUGUCAAAAUCUCACAAAAAACUUACCACGGUAUCAGAGCUAAGUAUGUGGAUGAGCUCUUGUGGGAUCUUCCUGGCGGGGAGAGCUUGUUGUGGGUUUUCGAUGACGGAUAUGUCCUUAGGCUGUGCCAGGAGAUGUACCAACAAGGUCCCCGGAUUAUGAACGACAGCUUACAAUUUGACAUUGAAGCCAUCAUUGGUUCGUAUCAAAAUGAUACAGGAAAUGUAUUUCUCGGAAUCAAGUGGAGGGGUUGUGAUCAUCCAACGUGGGAGCUGGAAGACGAUUUAGUCCGCUGUGGUGUCUUUUCAAGUAACUUCGAGCUAAAAUUCUGGAGAGGAAUGUAA